AUGGGUGCAUCUUCGUCGAAGCCAAUUAAGGUGGCUGCAGGUGCUGCUUCCCGCCGCCAAUACCCCAAGAAACCCUCUCCGUCAACCACAAACACCAGCAGCAUCACACCCUCAGAUCGAGCGGCGAAGGUGUCCAGUCAACAACGACAGGCAGGAUCUAUACUUGAUUCAGGGGAGAAAGGCAGCUCCGCAAAAUCGGAAGUUAUUGACCUCGAUGCCCGGGACCCUCACUUCGCAGCCUCCCUCCGCUCCAUAGGCCCCGUCACACCCCACCCCACCCUCUCAAACUCCAGUACCUUCAACAAACAGCAAACCCCACCUUUUUUCCAGUCCCCUGAUUCCCCCAUCCCUUCAUCGACAGUAUCCUCCACCACAAAUCCCGCCCUACUCGUCCUUUCCGCUCGCGCCCAGCUGGAAAAAGCUGCUGAGAGCGAACUCGAGGCCAUGGACAGACAUGGCCACCCGGGCCGUGAAUUCUUGGAUAUUGUAAGUAUCAAGCAGAUUUUGGCUAUGAGGGAUAGGGAGGGGGUGUCGGAGGAGAUGAUCGAGAGGCAGUUUAGGUUGAAGAAGGGGGUGGUGGGGAGGUUGGGGGUGAAGGGGGUUGUUGGGGUUAUAAGAUGA